GAGCGCGGGCAGCGGCACCAUGGCCCAGGCCGUGUGGGGCUACGACAGCGACAACGGACCCGAGCGCUGGCAUGAAAACUACCCCCUGGCCAAGGGAGACAAGCAGUCGCCCAUUGAGAUCAACAGCAAGGACGUGAAGCACGACAGUUCUCUCACCUCUUGGCACGCCAGUUACGAUCCCGGGGCAGCGAAAACCAUCCUAAACAACGGGCGCACCUGCCGAGUCGUCUUUGAUGACACUUUCGAUCGAUCAGUGCUGAGAGGUGGGCCGCUCACAGGAGCCUACAGGCUGCGUCAGCUUCACCUGCACUGGGGUUCCUCUGAUGACCAUGGCUCUGAACAUGUUAUAGAUGGGGUGAAAUACGCAGCAGAGUUACAUAUGGUGCACUGGAAUCCAAAACAUGGUAAUUUUGCUGGAGCUUUAAAACAACCUGAUGGAGUGGCUGUUGUGGGCAUUUUUCUGAAAGUUGGAAAUACUCCCAAACCAGAGAUGAAGAGAAUUCUUGAAGAAAUUGAUAACAUUAAGACCAAGGGGAAAGAGGCUCCUUUUCAGCACUUUGAUCCUUCAAUUCUUUUCCCCAAAUCUCGGGACUACUGGACCUACCACGGUUCUUUCACAACACCCCCCUGUGAGGAGUGCAUCACUUGGAUUCUCUUGAAGGAGCCAAUUGAAGUCAGCGCAGAUCAGAUGGCAAAGCUCCGUAGCCUUUCCAAGAAUCCUGAGAACGAGCCUGUGAACCCACUAGUUGAUAACUGGCGCCCACCUCAGCCUGUGAAGGGCAGGAUAGUGAGAGCCUCAUUCAAGUGAAGUCUCAAGGCUCACUCUGUUCAACCUGAGUGGGAAAACCCCUGCAUCCCAAAGUGUAGUUAGUUUUUGCUGUCUACUGCUUUUCCUCUGGAUCCAGAUCUGUUUCUCAGCUUGAAAUCCUGAGUGGUAAAACUGAAUCUGAUUUUUGAAAGCAGAAAAAAAUACUGUAUGCAAAUGCUAACCUUAAUAAGGAAGUGCAAGAUAUAAGUGAUUCUUAACCACAAAUGCUGAGUUAUUUGUGAUGGUGUCACUUCUCUGCCAUGUGGUCUUGGAAGAACAAUGGGCUCAGUUUCAAUAUCUAAAAUUAACUUCAAAGGAAAUGUAGUAAAGGCAGAAAAAUGAACCAGUAGUUCAGAAAAGCAGAAAUAACAGUGAAUGAAAAGGAGGAAAAAUACUUGCUUUUAAAGCAUCUCUAGUAGCGAUAUCCCACCUCUAGUGCAAACAUCCAAAGGGUAAUUUCCUCUUGAACAUACCAGAUUUCUCCUUCCCUCUCCUGUUCACAGUUUGCUAUCCAUGAUUACAUUAGUAUUCUGAUACAAUCAGGCAUAUUCAGCUUCUGUGUGUGAAGAAAAGAUACCUUGCUGUCAUUUCAGCAUUUACUGUCUGUCAUGUCCUGCUGCUGCCCAUUGAUCUUUUCUUCUUUCACUGUUGCUGUUACUCCACUCAUCCAUCUGUAGACUGCUGCUGGUGUCUUGGUGCCUUGUGUUCAGUUACACCUUUAGUAUUGCUGAGUGGAAAGUGGCUUUUUUCUGAUGCUCUGUGUUACCUCCCAGGAAGAUGGAUUUUUAGUUUUGAUGCUGUACCUGUUUAUUUUUGACAUCUUGGGAUGUAUAUUAAUGAUUUCACCUAUUAGGGACUUUAUUGCGUAUGGAAAGGGUCUUUGUGGGUGACUCACAUUUCAUCUGUCUUCCCCAGUACUGAAAAAUCAAGGUUAACUCACCUCAGUGUUUGUUUAUUGUGACUGUAGUUAGAGACUCAUAAGUGAAGUCUCUUAACUUUCUGGGGAGACCCAUCAGCUUUUAUAUACGAUCUGAGCAAGGAAUCAAUCACUGUCAGACAGAAACUUCUAAAUCAUCUUCCCUUGUCCUUCAUCAUGUAAACUUUAUCACUGCAGCAUGCUUCCUAAACAGCAUAGCACAAAUACCAUCUAGUUUGAACCCAUGUGCAGACUAUGUGAGUAAAGAUCUGUUACAUUAUAUCAGGGUUAUUAUUUGGUAUUAUACAUAUGGGAGAUUGGGUGGCCAAAGCCGGUGCACAAAGAAUCCUGCAAAUGAAGCUCUGGGAUUCUGUGUAUUCCUCUGGCUCAUCAGGUGGUAGCAAAGUGGAGUCUUUGUUAGAUGUUGCCACAAACAUGUUCAUAGCAAUGUUUUUAAGGGAUAUGUCAAAGUCUGAAAAAAGCAGGGUUACAAAUUACUAAGUGGGCGUUUUCCAGUUCUCCUUCAGUAUUGCACUUUGCAUCAUUACUAGAAAAAUGGUGCUCCCAAAAGGAAGUACUGAAUGGGUAACAUGAGGGAAAUUUUGCUGCGAUUGCCAGCACAAUUCAGUGAGAAUUCAGGAAUGAAACUGAGAGCAGUGUUUGAUCUUUUCUAUUCUUGUAUACAUGUUCAA